CUCUAUCUCUUGAACACACGUCUUUUUUUUAGUCUCUAGAACGAUCAAGAGAGAGAUGGCUCUAAUCGGAAAGUUGAUCAUGCACCAAGAUAUCAGUUCCCGUGGAGAUUUAUUCCAUGAUCUCAUUAGGCAUAGACCAAAUGACAUUGCUACCAUUUCCCCCGAUAAGCUUCAUGGCUGUGAUAUCCUUGAGGGUGAACGAGGAGCGGUUGGCUCCAUCAUCUGCUGGGACUAUACCCAAGAUGGAGAAAAGAAAUGUACAAAACAGAUAAUUGAAGAAGUUGACGAGACAAACCAUAUGAUAGCGCUGAAGGUAAUUGAAGGAGAUCUUUUGGGAGACUUAUACAAGUCUUUCAAGGUCAUAUUUCAUGUUGAACCAAAGGGUGAUGGAGAGUUGGCUAUUUGGACCCUUGAGUUUGAGAAACUGAAUACAUGUGUACCUUAUCCAACUUCUUUCAUGGACUAUCUAUUGCAUCUUGCCAUAGACAUGGAUGCCCAUAAUCUACAGCAGCCGAUAGAUGGAUGAUCUGCAAGUUCUGGUUAAGAACAUGGGAUCAUGAGGGAUCAAAGCUAUGCAUUUAGCCGAUUAAAUAAGAUCAACGAAUUAAAGCAACUUGAAGAAUAACCAGUGGUAGCUAUAUAUAUGGCUAGCUACUUGGGACAUAUAUGUUUUGAUUACCUGGGGUUUGUCGUUGUUUUCAUUGUUUGUAUCCUGAAGUCUUCUAAAUGAUUGUAUGAAGUUUGUGAAUCUUUAAGCACCCAUGAGCUAGCUU